UUCUCCCCCCUCCUCUUCUCUCUGCAGCGGUGCUGUUGAGCCGCGUCGACUGCUCGGACAGUUCGGAGAUCAUUGGUUUAGGAGCGUGAUUGCGCAUUGGCCCUGCUCCAUAUCCAUCUCAUAUCCCGAGAGAAGAGGAACAAUGAAGUAGUAAACACUCCUUUCCCCCCCAAGUCUUGUUACAGAGUUAAAUCCUCCCCCUUUUUUUUAAACCGUCAUUUCCACCCCGCGCUCCCUGCCGUUCAUUUCUCCUCCGGAGAGGAUCAUGCCUCGGCUGCAGUAGGGAUUCCGCUUCUUGUUGACAGUUUUUUUUUUUUUUUUUCCUUUUCCCCACACAAGAAGUUUACAACGAGCUCCGGGCAAAGACAAGACAGAAAAUGUCCACGCCGAGGUUCAAAAAGGACAAGGAAAUCAUCGCGGAGUAUGAGAGUCAGGUCAAAGAGAUCCGAGCCCAGUUGGUGGAGCAGCAGAAAUGUCUGGACCAGCAGACAGAAAUGCGAGUCCAGCUGCUGCAGGACCUUCAGGACUUCUUCAGAAAGAAGGCAGAGAUUGAGAUGGAAUACUCCAGAAACCUGGAGAAACUGGCUGAACGCUUCAUGGCCAAGACCCGGAGCACUAAGGAUCACCAGCAGUACAAAAAAGACCAGAAUCUGCUGUCACCGGUCAACUGUUGGUACCUGCUGCUGAACCAGGUGAGGAGGGAGAGUAAGGACCAUGCAACACUGAGCGACAUCUACCUCAACAACGUCAUCAUGAGGUUCAUACAGAUCAGCGAGGACUCCACACGACUACUAAAGAAGAGCAAGGAAAUAGCGUUCCAGCUUCAGGAAGACUUAAUGAAAGUCCUAAAUGAGCUUUACACAGUGAUGAAGACGUACCACAUGUACCACUCGGAGAGCAUCAAUGCUGAGAGCAAGCUGAAGGACGCUGAGAAGCAGGAGGAGAAGCAGAUUGGCCGGGGCGAUCCUGUGUUCAGCAUACGGAUGGAGAAGAAGAUUGAGAAGAUAAAAGAGAAGCGCCAAGCCAAGUACUCGGAGAACAAGCUGAAGUCGAUCAAAGCACGGAACGAGUACCUGCUGACACUGGAGGCAACAAACGCAUCCGUUUUCAAAUACUACAUCCACGACUUGUCGGAUUUAAUUGAUUGCUGUGAUUUGGGAUACCAUGCGAGUCUGAAUCGAUCCUUGCGGACCUACCUUUCAGCAGAGUACAACCUGGAAACGUCGCGCCACGAAGGUCUGGAUAUCAUCGAGAACGCAGUGGACAGUCUGGACCCUCGAAGCGACCGACAGAGGUUUAUGGAGAUGUACCCCACAGCCUUCUGCCCCCCAGCCAAAUUUGAGUUCCAGUCUCACAUGGGGGACGAAGUGAGUCAGAUCUCUUUACAGCCACCCGUGAAUGGGGAGCUGAUCCUGAGGUUCCAGCAGCUGCAGUCCCGCUUGGCUACUCUAAAGAUUGAAAAUGAAGAGGUCAAAAAAACAUCUGAGGCCACUCUGACCACCAUCCAGGACAUGGUCACCAUCGAAGACUACGACGUGUCCGAGUGUUUCCACCACAGCCGGUCCACCGAGUCGGUCAAGUCCACCGUGUCAGAGACGUACCUCAGCAAGCCCAGCAUUGCCAAAAGAAGGGCCAACCAGCAGGAGACGGAGCAGUUUUACUUCAUGAAAUUCCGUGAGUUUCUGGAGGGCAGUAAUCUCAUCUCCAAACUGCAGGCCAAACACGACUUGCUGAAGAAGACACUUGGUGACGGCCACAGAGCUGACUACAUGACCACAAGACAUCCCAAUGGGCUGUUCAAAACCCACACCGGCACCCGCCGGCCUAGACCCCGCUCUAUUUUGAAUUUUAGAUUGUUUAACGGCAAUUUGGAGUCAUUUAUCAAGACUUUUGUGCGUUUUUUGCCUCCGCAGGACUCUGGACAAGCUAUCCCACGAGUGGUUGAAAGUUGUAUUCGCUACAUAAAUCUAUACGGCCUCCAGCAUCAAGGAAUCUUUCGUGUUUCUGGAUCCCAGCUGGAGGUGAAUGACAUCAAGAACUCAUUUGAGAGAGGAAACGACCCUCUAGCAGAUGAUGCGAACAAUCAUGACAUCAAUUCGGUGGCCGGUGUUCUCAAACUGUACUUCCGUGGUCUGGAGAAUCCUCUUUUCCCUAAGGAGCGGUUCAAUGAGCUGCUGUCGUGCAUCAGAAUAGAAAACCUGUAUGAGAGAGCGCUGUACAUCCGUAAGAUCCUCCUCACCAUUCCCAGAUCAGUCCUUAUUGUGAUGCGCUACCUCUUUGCCUUUCUGAACCAUCUGUCCCAGUACAGCGACGAGAACAUGAUGGACCCGUACAACUUGGCCAUAUGUUUCGGCCCGACACUCAUGCCUACACCGGACAGCCAAGACCAGGUCUCCUGCCAGGCUCACGUAAACGAGAUCAUCAAGACCAUCAUCAUCCACCACGAGACCAUCUUUCCCGAUGCCAAAGAACUGGAGGGACCCAUUUAUGAGAAGUGCAUGGCUGGUGGAGACUACUGUGAGAGUCCCUACAGUGAGCAUGGAGCCCUGGAGGAGGUGGACAAUGAGGGAGGGACGGAGACACACACCAGUGAGGAUGAGGGUGAGCCGAUUGAAGCCAUAGCCAAGUUCGACUACGUCGGGCGCUCCUCUCGCGAGCUAUCCUUCAAGAAGGGCGCCUCACUGCUGCUUUAUCAACGAGCGUCUGAGGACUGGUGGGAGGGAAGGCACAACGGCAUCGAUGGCCUGGUGCCACACCAGUACAUCGUAGUUCAGGACAUUGAUGACAGUUUCUCAGACACUCUGAGCCAGAAGACUGACAGCGAGGCAAGCAGCGGCCAUGGCGGAGAGGAGAAAUGCUCGGGGAAGGACACCAGCUCCCCCACUGAUGCCAGGAUCUCUGAGGCCUACAUCACCAGCAGGCACAGGAAAAGAUCUGAUCCACCAUCUCGUCGGCCCCCCGCCCGCCCUAGCAACGUUCACUGCAUGCUGCAUUCCUCGCAGCAGGGCCACAGUGGGACUCCAGAGAUGGGCUCCCCGGUUCUCGGCCAUUUCAGCCCACGGGACAUGCUUCGAGGUCACAAUCACGUGGACAGCCCUGAGCGGCGGCGCCGAACCGGCCACGGCAGCCUCACGAACAUCAGCCGCCACGAAUCUCUGAAGAAAAUGGAGAGUCCGCCGAUCCGCCGCUCCACCUCUUCAGGCCAGUACACGGGCUUCACCGACGGCCAUCACCAUCAUGGCGGCAAGUCCCUGGACCCGGAGACCAUCGCACAGGACAUAGAGGAAACUAUGAACACWGCUCUGAACGAGCUGCGCGAGUUGGAGCGGCAGAGCUCGGCCAAGCACGCCCCUGACGUGGUGCUGGACACCCUCGAGCAGCGCCAGACCGGCGGCGGCGGAGGAGGAGGAGGAGGUGCCACGCUGGCGAGUUCCAGCGAGUCCCUGAGCCCCAUCCACGGCGUCAUGCUGAGGCCCACCGCCAACACGGAGCCCCCCAUCCGCCGCAGCACGAGCUCCUCCAGCGAGGCCAUGAGCAGCUUCAAGCCCAUGGUGGCGCCACGCAUGGGGGUGCAGCUGAAACCCCCCGCUUUGAGGCCCAAGCCCAUGGUCAUGCCCCGAUCCAACCAGGUCCCGCAACCUCCUACUGGGUCCGCACAAGACCCCUUGGACAAGUCGUGUACCAUGUAGCAUUUGAAACCGAAAAAAAGGAGAUACUGUAAAAAGCAAAACAUCUGUUCCAAAGGUGCUGGGAAAUCCUUCCUCUGUUUGGUAAAGUUCCCACAAAAGAAGAGGACUUUAAUAAGAUCUGAGACCCUUUGUAGGUUUUGGUUAMAUUGUAGACUUGUUUGUCAGCCAGACAAAUCUUCUGUCUCGAUGUUGUGCAGAGUUGUGCGGUAAAAUACUAAUAUACUGUAUCUGAUGUUUACUAAAUAAAUCUGAACAACAAAUCACAGUUGCUUCCUUGAGAAUAGAACAUGUACCUAAUAUUAGUGUUAGUUUAGUUUAYGGAUAUUAAAGAACUGAACUGUGCACGCAGCUCCUUGGUUUACCAAUGAACCAGAAAGGCAGCCCGAAGAAAACUGGAGCGACAGCAACGGCUAAACCUUUCGGACGUUUUGAUUCUGGGAAGGCGAUUGGAGGUGUGGUGAAAUACUCCGGAGGUCUGAUGGGACUUUUUGAGAUAUAACAGAUUUCAAAUUCUCACUUUUAAAAUGGUGCUGUGACAACCUGGGCAGCCAUUGUUUGAAGGUUGGACUGAUCUUGUGCCAGAAGAACUCGAAACCACUUAUUUAUUCACGGUACUGUGUUUAUUAGAUUAAUACUGACAUCUGUUCAUCCAUUAGCAUGUACGUUGCAGCUUUGUUUGGCGAGGCUUUUCAUCUGUUGUGUCGCAGAAAGAGGUCUAAAGCUCACCGCCUUCGCUGGCUUCACUCUGUAAUUUUUUCGGUAAAGAGACGAGGAUUGGAUAGAACCACUAUUUCAUGAUGAACUUUUAACAUUUCAGAGCAUUCUUGAAUUUCCACGCCAUUGCUUAAUAAUGUAUGUAUGCCUUUUUAUCUGUAUAAACCAUAGUGCGGAAAGCGAUCACGUUACUUUGCAAUGUGGACCACCGUAGCUUUUUGUACGCCUUGCUUGGCUUUAUCUACCCAAAGACAUGAGUGUAUAACUUAAAGCAUGGAUGUUGAUACUUCAUAUUCACUAAUGUGUAUAAAUUUAAGGUAGCCUUCUGUUCGAGUGCUGCCGGUAGCCAUGGACCUUAUGACUGUUAGUGUAAAAUCCUCCUCGUGUGUUCAUCUUUGUGAAAAACGCAAAGCAGCCUGCAUACAGCCUUUCAGUCCGUUUUGUCCAGAUGAKCCUGUCCGUUGCGUUUUUUUAGAUUGGUGUAAGCCUCUGUGUGAAUUUACUGCUUUUUGUGGGAUUACAAAACAAAAGAAAUCGAACAAGAACAACGCAGCAACAUGAGUCCAAGAUGUAAUAGCUGGGAAGAAUGGUUUUAUUUAUGGGACUCUACCCCGUGUAACUAUAUUUUUUAAACCUAUGUACUAUACAGAGUAACAGAUGGGUGCAUGUAGUUGCAAUAUUUUUCAAACGGUUUGCUAUUAAUAAGAUAUGCUAACAGGUUUACACCGUGUUUGACUUGACAAAGUAUGUAUAAAGAACAAAAGUUACAUUCUGAAUUACUAACUUGUUUUAUUUUUAUAGAUGUUUUUAUUUUAUUUUAUUUUUUUGUUGUGCUUCUGGGAAGAAAUCACUCGAAUGUGGGCUUUUGUCACCAUGUAACAACAUUAUGAAUAGGACUCAGUUAUGCUGUCUGUAGGCUUUAAGCUACUUGGUGUUAUGUACAUCUGUAGUAUGUACUGUGAAAGUGCCUUUGAAAAUGUUUUAGCGGAACUUCAGACAUUCUGUCCUGCAACCACUUCAUGUUAGAAGCUCUGUCUUUGAUAAAAUGCAGUGUAAGAAGUUUGUAACAGUUUCCAAACCGUUAGGAUGGCAGAAUUAAAAACAGCUUACGCAUUGUGACAUUGCACUUUUGAUGUACAUAACUGUAAAUACGGCAUGUAACAACACGACAUUUAGAGUUAUUUCAGAGGAGUAUUUUUUUUUAAUAAAGAAAAUAGUUUGUUGAA